UCCAACCUCUCAGCAGUACCAGACAUGAGGGAGCGCUCGGUCCGCGUCGUCGUGGCGGCGCUCGAGGCCACGGGCGGCAUCGGCCUGCGCCAGCAGAUCCCGUGGCGUCUGCCCUCUGACAUGAAGCACUUCAAGGCGCUGACGACCGCUCCGUCCUCCUCCUCCUCGUCGGCGCAGCACGCCGUGAUCAUGGGGCGCAAGACGUGGGAAUCGCUGCCGGCCAAGGUGCGGCCCAUGCCGCAGCGCUACAACGUGGUGCUCACGCGCGACGCCAGCUACAGACAGAGCCAGGGCGUCCCCGAGAGCGUGGGUGUGGCCGCGAGCUUCCGCGAGGCGCUGGAGCUCGUGCAGCAGCAGGGGGACGAGGUGGACCAGGUCUUCGUCAUCGGCGGAGGCGCCGUCUACGCCGAGGCGCUGGCCUACGUUGGCUGCAGCAAGGUGCACCUGACGCGCGUCAAGGGCGCGUUCGAGUGCGACGCCUUCUUCCCGCUGGAACAACUCGAGCAGAACUUUGAGGUGACGAGCGAGUCGGAGCUCAAGGAGGAGAACGGCGUGCAGUUCCAGUUCGUGGAGCUGGAGAGGAAGACAGAGCAGAGCGUGGAGACGACAACGCUGGCGGACGCCACCACGCCGCAUGAGGAGAUGCAGUACCUCGACUUGAUCCGCAAGAUCCUGACCCAGGGAGCGAAGCGCGGAGACCGGACGGGAACAGGCACGCUGUCGGUCUUUGGCGCGCAGAUGCGGUUCAGUCUGAGGGACAACGUGUUCCCACUGCUCACGACCAAGCGCGUGUUCUGGCGCGGCGUGGCGGAGGAGCUGCUGUGGUUCAUCAGUGGAGACACGAGUGCGCACACGCUGCAGCAGAAGGACAUCCACAUCUGGGACGGCAAUGGAUCGCGGGAGUAUCUGGACAGUCGUGGACUGCAAUCGCGAGAAGUGGGCGAUCUCGGACCGGUCUACGGCUUCCAGUGGCGGCACUUUGGGGCCAAGUACACGGACAUGCAUGCCGACUACACGAACCAGGGCGUGGACCAGCUCGCGGAGGUUAUUCACAAGCUGCGCACGAACCCGACCGACCGACGGAUCGUGCUGUCGGCGUGGAACCCGGCGGAUCUCAACGAAAUGGCGCUCCCGCCGUGCCACAUGUUCUGCCAGUUCUACGUGGCUGACGGCGAGUUGUCCUGUCAGAUGUACCAGCGCUCGGCCGACAUGGGACUUGGCGUGCCGUUCAAUAUCGCCAGCUACGCGUUGCUGACGCGACUGGUGGCGCAGGUGACGGGGUUGAAGCCUGGUGAGUUUGUCCACGUUAUUGGCGAUGCCCACGUGUAUCUGAACCACGUCGAGCCGCUCCAGAAGCAGCUUACGCGAAUGCCGCGCCCAUUCCCGACACUCCACAUCAAUCCAGGCAAGACCUCAAGUAUUGACGACUUCACUUUUGAGGACUUGGAGGUGCGAGACUACAAGCCCCAUGGAUCGAUCAAAAUGACAAUGUCAGUCUGA